AUUCCUCCUUUAUCCAUCCUUUCCUGACGAUGCCUGUUAUUGUCCUGUAUCCCUGCUCAGUCACACUGGUGCCUGUAGCUACUGGGGCUGCUGUCUCUAUCUGUCUCUCUCUGUUUCUCUCUCUCUCUCUGGUUCUCUGACUGACUGAGAGCUGUAUUUCCCCUGUUAUUGUGAGGACUUGGAGGGAUAGAUAGACAGUGUGUUCUGCCUGGUCACACUCUCUCUUCUCUCCCAUCUCCUGCUGUCUAACCUGGCCGACCGACCGCCUGCUGCUCUCUGCUCUCCAGAUGGAUGGAUGUACACUGUUCUAGCCUGACUGUCUGACACCCUCACUGACUGACUACAGAGGAGGAAGGAGGGACACGCUGAACACAUCAGCAAGUGGCUGCCAAGCCUCUCCACGCUGUAGAAGAUUACUAAGAGGAAGACUUCAGACUCACUGAGGAGAGCACAAAGAGAAGGAGGGAUACAGACAGAGAAGAAAGAAAGAAACUCUGCAAGGGCUAUAAUUGGAAACGGGAGCGAUUGAAGGGAAUCGGAUGUCCCUGUCACAGAGAGAAGAAGGGAGGGGAACUAAAGAGGAGGCAGAUUAUAUUCAAAAUGACCCGAGCGGACCAGCUGGACAUCCAGUGAUCCAGAUCCAGCUGAAAGAGACCGGACCGAUUCACACCUACAUAACGAGCUGUGAUUUGGAGAUGAAUGGGAAGGUGGGAGGUAGAGGACCUGUGAGUUCACCCAACGACAUGAACUGCAACUCCAACAGCAUCACCAUGGUAUCAGACCUAUCCUCCCCAGAGUCUCAGACCCAGUCUCAGCCCUUCACACCCCGGGCAUCUCGUACUCCAAAGAAAGCUGCGAUGUUUGGGAAGCGUUCUAACUCCAUGAGGAGGAACCCUAAAGCUGUAGUAGCUAAGCAGGGCUGGCUAUACAAACAGGCCAGCAGUGGAGUGAAACAGUGGAACAAGAGAUGGUUUGUCCUGACUGACCGAUGCCUCUUCUACUACAAAGACGAGAAGGAGGAAGGAGUGUUGGGAAGUCUUCCUCUGCUCAGCUUUCGGAUCGGAGAAGUGCAGGCGUUGGAUAACAUCAGCCGCAAGCACGCCUUUAAGGCUGAACACGCAGGAACACGCACGUACUACUUCAGCGCUGAGACUGCUGAGGAACAGGAGGAGUGGGUCGAUGCUAUGAACGAGGCUGCACACGUCCAGAUACAGCCUACACAGAGGACCACCAACUCCGAGGCCACCACGCCCACAGCAGAACUCCAUGGUAACACGUUGGUAACCAAAGGACCUGAACCACACACCCAGACACACACACACAUCGAGGACAACGGCCAGACGACUGACCUCCUAGACCCCGUGCGCGGACCACGAGAACCUGCACAUCACAAGGUCAACGGGGUCAAUGCCAUGGAAACUCCCCCUCCCUCCACCAGCCACUCAGAGAAGGAGGGGAGGAUGGGGGGAGAGAGAGGGGAGAGGGGGGAGAGAGGAGUACUUGGACCUGGGGGUGCACCCUAUCACCAGCCCAAUGGGUGGGGCCCCUACGGCCCCCCAAACGGGCCCCCACACCAUGGAAACGGACCACCCCAGGGUAAAGGGUGGCCACCCCAGGGACCUCCAAAGGGAGGGACGCGAGAGGGGAGGGAGGUGAGGGAGCAGCCUGAGAACGUGGUGCUGAGACGGGGCUUUGUGCCACGGACGAACCCUGAGAGACAGGCCCAGAGGAAAAGCUCCAUGACCCAGCUACAGCAGUGGGUCAACCAGCGCAGAGUCAUGGCUGUACAGGAGGACUUGAACAGUCCAUCUCAAUACUAUACAGUGAACCGUGGCGUACCAGCUGACUACUACAGCGUCUACAGUAGCGUGGGGGGCGGUCCGGGCUAUGUGGAGGAGUACCCCCUCUACCCUCCGGGCGUACGCCCUGACAGCAUCUGCUCCGUGUCAGCCGUGGGCUACGACCGCCUGGGCCCCCCUCGCUGGACCAACGAGGAGAAGAGACGCUCACUGCGGGACGGACCCCCCUUCUACGGACCCCCGCCCCCCCGAGACCCAUACGGCCCCCCACCCGGCCCUGCCUAUUACGGCCAGAUGGAUGCAGCCCAGACCUCCAUGAGGCGUCUGUCCAUCCAGCCUAGGUCUAGGUCCGUUCCCAGGUCCCCUUCCUCGUCCACGGGUGGUCCCUACUCUCCCAGCCCCCAUAGCUUUGCCUCACCUGUCUGCUCGCCCUCAGCCCGGUUUGACAGAGGACCAGGCAGGCUACGGGAGGAUGUGAUCUACGCCGACCCCUCGGUGUAUGGACUGAGGAGAUCACUGAGUUCUCCCAAGUAUGAUUACUCUGGAGACAGGAGGUCGCUAAGCCAAGGAAUGUACCACUACAACUACCCUGCCUCCCCCUCUCUACACAGCAAAAUGGAGGACAUUUUAGACCUGCAGCUCCAGAGAAACCUGGAGUACCUCGAUCAACAGGUGACCGGCAGAGAUCACCUUAUCGGCACGGUAACCAGAAUGGUGGAGCGAUCCUCCCCUAGAGCAAAGCUCUUCGCACAAGUGCCUCCGUUCCAUGACCCAUACAGGGAUCUUCACCCCACACUGAAACUCAAUGAGAUUGAGACCAGCAAACUCUUGGGUCGUCUGUGUGAGCAAAACAGGAUUCUAAAGGACCAGGAGGCAGUGGUUCACAGGCUGAGAAUGGACAAGGACAGCCUAGAGGGAGCGCUGGUGGCCACACAUCAGGAGAUGGAGCUGUACCGGGAUCAGCCGCUGGCUGCAGACAAACUACAGCUGAAGAAGGAGACACUGCAGAACCAGCUCAUCAAUAUCAGAGGAGAACUCUCCCAGGCAUCCAGCGCUCUGACCACCACUCGGAUGGAGUUUGAAGCUCUGGAGGACGAGGUCAACGCUAUCCAUGGGGACCUGUGGGAGCAGCUCAACGCAGGCGGGCAGAGUGAGAUGGUCCAUAGACACAUUCAGAAGGAGUUCUGGAGAGUUCAGGAUGUGUGGGAGGGACUCCACAAGAGCAACCUUUCCAGAGGCACAGACACAGCCAAACACAGGGUGGCCAGUGGGGCAUCAGGUUCCUUUAGCACCAAUAGUCCUGCCAGUCCCUUGAGUUCAGUAAGCCUCACCAGUCCACUCAGCCCCUUCUCCCCAGUGCCUGGCUCCCAGGCCUCCCCCACCAAACAGCUGGGUCCGGAGGACAUUGGCCCGCCACGGCCACCACUUCCCAAAUCCUACUGCCCCCUGGAGUCACCCCCCUCCGUCCCCCCUCUGCCCUUCGACAGCUCCGCCUGGCUACGCAGCCUGGGCCUGGAUGACGGUUACCUUGACGACGAAGAGUCCCACGGCAGAAAGCAAAAGUAUGGUUACCAACAGGACGUGUCGCUGGGAGAACGGACCAAUAGCAACGAAGCUCAGGAGCUGGAUCAGGAUCGGCAGGCUAACAUGAAUAAAGUGGGGAUUGUUCCUCCCAGAACUAAGUCUCCCAUGGAAGACCAGUGCCACUCCUACGACCAUGGAAUCACCCGACGCAACGGCAAGCUGCCCAAUGGAAUCUCCAGGGAGCGUCCGAAGAGUGCAGUGUUCCCUGCGGAGGUCAAGUCCAAGAUGAGCAUUGAGGAGCAGAACGAGCGUAUCCGUAGGAACCAGAGCAGCUCUGUCAGGGACAAGAGACGCAGCCUGAACCUGGGUAGCCAGGCAGGCACCAACUACAGAGUGGUGAAGCGGAGGCUAACGGCCCAUGAGGUGGACAUCAAGGACCUGGAGGCUGCAGUACGGGGCGAGGGGGUGCAGGAGUCACCCCGGGAGGAGAUUGCUCGCCUCAGACGGUUACAGAUGGUACCUGACCACUACGACCUGGACAUCGGCAAAGAGCUUUGUGCUCCAGACAAGGUUCUGAUUCCGGAGCGCUACCUGGAUAUGGAGCCCACCACUCCUCUCAGCCCAGAGGAGCAGAAGGAGAAACAGAAGAAAGUAGAGAGGAUCAAGACUCUCAUUGCCAAAUCAAAUCUCCAGAAUGUGGUUCCCCUAUUGGACGGUCCUACUGAGGGGGGCGGUCCUCAUCACCAGGGCAACCCAGAGCAGAAGAUUCAGGAGCAGGAGAAGAGGAUCGAGAUCUCCUGUGCUCUGGCUGCCGAGGCCUCGCGACGCUCCCGCCUGCUCUCCGCCCAGUGCGCCCCCAGCCCCCCCCGCCUCCCCGACCAACCUGGCCCCUCCCCCGUCCUCCGCCGACUUCUCCGACUCCGUUCACAUCAUGAAGGUGUGAGUCUGUGAAGCUCAAGCUUUGGCUGCCGUCAAGUUUGAUGGAGCGUCCUUCUGACGAUCCACCGGAAUAUAAAGAAAAUGCCCAAAGAAACUGGUUAUGUUUAGAAACUGGUUAGUCUCCCAGACCACCUGCCCGCCAGUGUAUAAACCCAACGACCUCCACAACAACACAACAGGAAACAGGAAGCUGUCACAGGAAGUCUGGGAAGUUGGCCACCUGAGGACUUUUU